CCGGUAUGUACGCAGUCAUAGCAGCCCUGGCGGCGAGCCUGCUGGUCGGCUCUGCCACCGCCUCGACCCUCGCACCUCCCGUCUUACCUCUGAUCGUUCGCAAUCCAUAUCUCUCCACUUGGCUGGCCAAUGCGAGAGAUGAACCAUGGACCGAAUGGCCCAUGUUCUACACCGGAAGCUCUCUAGGUCUGUCCGUGCUGGCCUCAUCGCCUGAUAGCUCGACUGUAUAUCCGCUCCUCGGACGAGCUCACGACUCGCUGGACGAGAAGAGCUCGCACUAUACCAUCGCCUAUCCGAAGUACUUGGGUGCUCAGUACGAUGCCUCCACCACCAAUCUGACGUACAGCAUUUCCUCUGGCACAUCGGGCAACGGCAGCGUCCAGGUCGUGCUGUCUUUCCUCUCGCCGAUCACUCCGACUUCCACUCUUCGCCAGUCUAUCCCCGCGAGCUACCUGUCAAUUCAUGUUCAAGGAAGCCUGGACAUCAACUUGUACGUCGAUGUCAAUGGCCAGUGGGUCAGCGGUGAUCGAGGUUCCAACAUCGAGUGGAGACUACACGAAAGGGAAGAGAAGGAGAAUGCAAGGCUCAAGACAUGGAGAGUCAAGAGGAGGGACGAAGUGCUCUUCACGGAGAUUGGAGAUCAAGCGGAAUGGGGCACACUACACUUCACUGGGCCUGCCAGCGCUCAUCACGAAUGUGGCACGUCUGCACGACUCCGACACGGAUUCGCGAGAAAUGGAACGCUGAAGAAUGCGGUGGACGACCACUUCCGCUCGAUCAUGGACGAGGAACCUGUCUUUGCUUUCAGCAAGUCGUUCAAGUUGACCUCGGACAGUCGCAAUGACAAGGAAGACAGCGUGCUGUUCACCAUCUCCCACAUUCAGGACCCGGUCACUCAGUUUGCGUCCGCGAGAGGGCUGACCUUGAUGAAACCGCUUUGGACAUCGUACUUCAGUUCAGACGAGGCGCUCAUCAGCUUUCACUACGAGGACUACAACCAUGCGCGAAGCCUGGCCGAGGACUAUUCUGCACGCGUGGCAAAGGAUGCGUACGCCAGUGGUAGUGACAGCUAUAGAGACAUUGUCCAGCUGAGCGCCAGACAAGUCUUGGGUGCUACGUCGUUCAGCGGAACUCCAGACAACCCUGUCUUGUUCCUCAAGGAGAUCAGUUCCAACGGCAACUGUCAGACUGUCGAUGUGAUCUUCCCUGCAUUCCCAUUCUUCUUGUACACUAAUCCAAGGUGGCUGGCAUACCUGCUAGAGCCACUCUUGGAGCACAUGUUGAGCGGGCAGUAUCCCAAUGACUAUACGAUGCACGAUCUUGGAACACAUUUCCCGAACAUGACGGGCCAUGCAGAUGGCAACGAUGAAUACAUGCCUGUUGAGGAGUGUGGCGACAUGCUCAUCAUGGGACUUGCGCUCGUCAACAGUCUCUCCUACGAUUCUGAGGAUGAAGCACAGUCUCCGUGGAGUGCACUUGGUAUGCCCGUGGAUGCCGCCGCGAUCGAGUCGUUGGCGGAAGGAGCUACGCCGUUCUCGCUGCCGAGUAUUCCGGCCACUCGCGAUGGCAUCUUCGGUCUUGACGAUCAGUGGGGAGGAGCGACGGCUUCACACCAAGCGAAGAAGUGGCUGACAAGGAGCUAUCCUCUAUGGAAACAAUGGACUGGCUAUCUGGUCGACUACUCACUCUAUCCGAGCAAUCAGCUCUGCACGGACGACUUUGCGGGUUGGCUACCACUGAUGACAAACUUGGCCCUCAAGGGUAUCGUUGGCAUCAAAGCAAUGAGCGAGCUUGCCGAAGUCCUCGGCGAGUCCAAGGAUGCCAAGUACUACCGCAACAUCAGCGAAACCUACAUCAAAGAGUGGGAGGUCCAAGGCAUGAGCCGUGAUGGAGGACGAGCCAAACUCGCCUACGACUGGUACGGCAGCUGGACUACGCUUUACUCCCUUUACGCCGAUGCGAUUCUCUGCUUCCACCCAUCACUCAAUGCUACGCCUGCCGCUCUGGAGGUUCACGGCCGCCAAGGUUCUCAGGAACCGUUGAUUUCUGGUGGUCACAAGGAUAAGGAUAAGGAGAACUUCAUCCCGAAUCACAUCUACACUGCACAGUCUCGCUGGUACGAGACAGUCAUGCAGAAGUAUGGCUUGCCUCUUGAUUCAAGGCACUUGUAUACUAAAAGCGACUGGGAGUUCCAAGCAGCUGCGGUGGCCGGCAAGAAGACACGUUCUCAAAUCCUCAAUCGGGUGGCGAAGUGGUUGAACGAGACGGAGGUUGAUCGUCCGUUCACGGAUUUGUACAAGACUGAAGGCGAUGGAGGUUUUCCCGGGCCGAAUUUUUUCGCUCGUCCGGUUAUUGGAAGUCAUUUCGCUUUCCUGACACUUGAGAGGGCUUGCAACGGGAAAGCGAGUGCUGCUUUCGAUUACGAAGAGUAG